AUAGGCAAAAUAAGUUAUUAAAAUGACUUGUUGCGUGGAGGGAUGCAAUUCUAGGGGAGGCAAAAAAAAUUCUUCAAAGAAAAGUUUGUUUACACCUCGCACAAAUGAUAUGUUUACUUCUUGGUACACAAUUAUGUGUACUAAAAAUAUAAAAAUAAACAAGAAUAGCAGAAUUUGCGAAUUACAUUUUAAGGCAAAAGAUAUUAUUAAAGAGGAUGCAUUUGUGCAAACAAAUGGAACAGUUAUUUAUGUACCAAGAAAAAACCCAAAAUUAAAAGAAGGAGCAGUUCCUUCUAUUUUUCCAAUAAUUAGAAAGUUAUCAUAUUUUGAGCAAAUAGAACAUAACAACAGUAUACAUUCAUUGUCAGUAAAAGAACCAAUUCUUUCUACGUCGCAUUUGAUAGAUGUUGACAUGUUGCAAAUAGAAGAUGGAUCUUUUACGCCGUUAAAAGAAACUGUUGUUAAGUUUUCUGCUAAGGAUAUAAAUAUUGGAAAAAAUAUUGAGGUUCCAACAAGUUAUUGGUUUGCGAAUAUUAACCUUCAAACCGCACACAUCGGUCGAGCACCCACUAAUAGAAUGAUGGUGCGAAUUUGGAUUUGACAUCUUAAAUUGUACAUAUUUCCUGAGGAU